ACGAAAAUCUCCCCUGCCUGCCAGCCUGCCACCCUUCGAUUCGCUGUCGCCAUAAACAUCUCUCUCUCUCUCUCUCUCUCUCUCUCUCUCUCUCACCCAGGAACGCAAAUUCGCGGGAGGAGGAAGAAAACUUGAUCCCCAGAAUGACUCUGUAGCCUAGCUUGUUGUUCCUCCUGGGAAAGCUUUCCUCUUUUUUCCCGCAUUUGUUGAGCUGUAUUUGUCGCCAUUCGUCCCGCCCUUCAGGUAGGGGAAUUCACUGCAACAUUUUUCCAAGCAAAAUCUCUCCUCUUGUCCCGUUUUUCUUCCUCUGCGGGUUGGAAAUUCAGGGUCCAUCUUGAGUUUGCCGAUUGGGUGAAGAUCAUGGUGGCGAGUGCUGCGAGUUCUGCAUUCUUUCCGGUUCCUUCCCCGGACACCUCCCCAAAACCCGGAAAGCUUGGGAAUGGGCCCUCGAGGUUGAGCCCCCUGAAGCCCAAAUCGACCUCCAACGGUGGCUUGCAGGUCAAGGCAAAUGCUCAUGCCCCUCCUAAGAUAAACGGCUCCUCGGUUGGUCUAAAGUCAGCUGGCCUUAAGACUCAGGAGGAUGCGCCGUCCCCUCCCCCUCGGACUUUCAUUAACCAGUUGCCCGAUUGGAGUAUGCUUCUUGCUGCAAUUACAACUGUCUUCUUGGCAGCUGAGAAGCAGUGGAUGAUGCUUGAUUGGAAACCCAAGAGGCCUGACAUGCUCGUGGACCCAUUUGGGUUGGGAAGGAUUGUUCAGGACGGGCUUGUCUUCCGGCAGAAUUUUUCUAUUAGGUCAUAUGAAAUAGGCGCUGAUCGUACUGCAUCUAUAGAGACUUUGAUGAACCAUUUGCAGGAAACAGCUCUCAAUCAUGUUAAAAGUGCUGGGCUUCUCAAUGAUGGCUUUGGUCGUACUCCUGAGAUGUAUAAGAGGAACCUCAUUUGGGUCGUGGCCAAAAUGCAGGUCUUAGUGAAUCGCUACCCUACUUGGGGUGAUACUGUCGAAGUCAAUACUUGGGUCUCCAGGUCGGGAAAAAAUGGCAUGCGUCGUGAUUGGCUGAUUAGCGAUUGCGAAACGGGAGAAAUUCUGACAAGAGCAUCAAGUGUGUGGGUCAUGAUGAAUAAAAAGACAAGAAAAUUAUCAAAAAUUCCAGAUGAAGUUCGAAAUGAGAUAGAGCCACAUUUUGUGGACUCCGCUCCAGUCAUUGAAGAGGAUGAUCGGAAAUUGCGCAAGUUGGAUGAGGACACAGCAGACUUCAUCCGCAAGGGUCUAGCUCCAAGGUGGAAUGACUUGGAUGUCAACCAGCACGUGAACAACGUGAAGUACAUUGGGUGGAUUCUCGAGAGUGCUCCGGCGGAGAUCUUGGAGACCCAGGAGCUAUCUGCCCUCACCCUGGAGUACAGGCGGGAAUGUGGAAGGGACAGUGUGCUCCAGUCCCUCACCGCUGUCGAUCACCUAGAAAAUGAAGGAGGGGCACAGUGCCAGCACCUUCUCCGGCUCGAGGAUGGGGCUGAAAUCGUGAGGGGUAGGACCGAGUGGCGGCCCAAGAAUGCAGGCAAAUAUGGGAUGACGACACCAGGUGAGGAUACCGACUAAAGACUCUCAGAAGAGCUCAUUCCCUUUUGAGUUCUGAGUACCUUAUGGUUCAAGCUGAGCGAACACGGGCGGGUAGUAGCAAUCGGUAGAUUGUGUAGUUUGUUUGCGGUUUCUCACAUUGCUCUUGUAUAAUAUCAUGAUCAUCCUCUUGUAUUCUCAUAUGUUUCGGUUGAUUACAUUAUAUUCUUUCGAUUUGUUCCUAAACGAAAAGCGCAGGGAAAUUUACCCCUGCGUUGUAAUUAUUUGCAUCGUCGUUCCAAUAUAGUUAAUAUCCUCUUCAUCAGUA